GUCGCUCCGCGUCCAUCCUCGACUUGUUCGUCUUCGUGUCCAUCCUCGGCCUAAGGUACUAACCCUCUUCUCCGUGACCCAGACCCCAUGCGUGAAGUCUGGCAUAAUCCGCGAAACCAAGGAUGAAAUCUUGCAAAUCGGGCGUGCGGAAUAAAAUCGAUUCGCCGCGGUGAAAUUUUGCGUACCUCUGACAGUGCGCCAGAAACUUUCUUUUACAAUACUUACCAUCGAUCAAAAGAACAGUGUAAAGUGAUUCACUCAGCAACGUGAAAAUACUCAGUUUUCUCAAAAUUAAACUUGGCCCCGAAGAAAAUACCCCACAGGCUGUGACCAAUCGGUUAGUGCGUUCAUUCUACGGCUUAAUGUGUGGGGAACCGCUGUUCGUACAAACGCGUUUUGCAUACCCGAGAAUUUGAAGGGAUAGUGUAUGGUGCGGGUUGCAUAACCAGUGCGCCGUUCAUUGCGGGUUGCAUAACCAGUGCGCCGUUCAUUGCAGGUUGCAUAACCAGUGCGCCGUUCAUUGAGGGUUGCAUAAGCAGUGCGCCGUUCAUUGCGGGUUGCAUAAGCAGUGCGCCGUUCAUCGCGGGUUGCAUAAGCAGUGCGCCGUUCAUUGCGGGUUGCAUACCCAGUGCGCCGUUUAUUCCGGGUUGCAUAGCCUCCAGGAGCGAUAGAUCCGUUUGAAAAUGGGCGACGAGCAGAAGGAGAAGGAGAAGGAUCCGAAGAUGCGGCGAGUGUCGACGGUGACGUUCCGGCCGGAGGUGCACGAGGUGGUGGAGUGGCGGGUCUCGGAGGAGUCCGAGAGCGAGGACGAGGAGGAGAACCUGGGGGACUUCGACGAGGCCCUGGAGAUGGGCUCCAUCCUCCGCAACAACAACAACACGGUGCCCAUCCUCAACACCUCCCGGAAGCCGGGCCUCAACAGGAUCCCGACCCGGGCCGAGAUGAAGACGCUCACCCACAAGGCCAAACGUCCCGCCGUCGACAUCGAGUUCCAGAACCUCAAUUUCACCGCUCAAUCCUCCGCUCAUGGAAAAAAACAUAUCUUACGGCAGAUAAAUGGUUUAUUUAAGGCAGGAGAGCUCACAGCUAUCAUGGGGCCUUCCGGAGCCGGGAAAAGUUCCUUAAUGAACAUACUUGUAGGAUACGUAACGGCGAAUACCUCAGGGAGCAUCCUCACAAAUGGAAGCCCACGACAGAUGAACCUGUUCAACAAACUUUGUUCCUAUAUUAUGCAAGAUGAUCUCCUUCAACCUCAUUUAACCGUCUUAGAAUCGCUAAUUAUCUCAGCUCAUUUAAAACUCGGAAAUGAAUUACCAAUAGAAGAUAAAUUAGCAGUGGUGGAUGAAAUUAUCGAAACCUUGGGUCUGCAAGUCUGCAGGAAUACCAGAGUCGAAGGUUUGUCCGGCGGUCAACGGAAGAGGCUCUCGGUCGCGUUGGAGCUAGUCAGUAAUCCACCUGUUCUAUUUCUCGACGAACCUACAACGGGUCUGGAUCUUGUGGCCACGAAACAGUGCGUGGGAGUUCUGAAAAGUUUAGCGCAACAAGGGAGGACGAUCGUGUGCACGAUUCACCAGCCGAGUGCAAGCAUUUUCGAGACGUUCGACCACGUGUACAUGCUCGCCAAAGGGCAGUGCAUUUACCAAGGAGCACCCACGCAACUCGUCCCUUUCCUCGCCAACAUAGGUCUCCACUGCAAAGCAACGUAUAAUCCCGCCGAUUUCGUUUUCGAAAUCCUGGAUACGGAAAACAUCAAACGGAUGACGCACGAGAUCGCGAAUGGGAAACUAUCUCAGCCCGACCCGAACACGACGGAGACGCCGGCGGUAACGAAGCUGUGUCGACGCGAGACGAUGGCGGUGAUCCCGCAGGUCUCGGUGACGGACGAGGAGGUGAAGAAGUCGGUGGAGUUCCCGACCUCGUUCUGGACGCAGUUCUCGAUCCUGCUCAAGCGGCGGCUCCUCCAGAACUCGAGGAACAAGACCUCCCUCUACAUCCAGAGCCUCCACCACCUCUUCUCCGGCAUCUUCCUCGGUGGGAUUUUCCUCGGGGUCGGCAACGACGCCGCCCGCCCCUUCGAAAACUUCAAGUUCUGCAUCAGCGUCAUCGUCUUCUUCAUCUACACUUACGUCAUGACCCCCGUCUUGCUCUUUCCGUAUGAAGUAAAGCUACUUCGGCGCGAGUAUUUCAAUCGAUGGUACAGUCUCAAAGCUUUCUACGCUGCCAUGUCCAUCGCUUCGCUGCCGACAACGAUACUGUUUGGAACAAUGUUCUCGGUAGUUACGUAUUUAAUGUCAGAUCAGCCUUGGAACUCUGACCGUUUCAUUUGGUACCUUUUCAUCGGGCAAGCAAUGGCUCUUGUGUCUGAAGGCAUGGGUAUCUUCAUCGGAUCGAUAUUCAAAAGCACGAACGGAGCUGCAGUAGCGCCAGCAUCCCUGGCCCCUCUCCUGGCGGUGGCCGUCUACGGCAUGGGUUUCGGCUCGGUGAUCGAGCCGUUCAUGCAGUUCCUCAUGAAUCUCUCGUUCAUCCGCUACGGCCUGGUGGCGCUCUCCGUGACUCUGUACCAGAACCGGCCGCUGAUGGAGUGCAAGGAGUCCGAGCUUUACUGCCACUACAAGAACCCGCGGCUCCUUCUCCGGGACCUCGGAAUGGAGGACAUUGACCGCACCAACGAAAUGAUCAGCCUCUCCGUCUUCAUCGUCCUCUUCAGGAUUGCCGCCUUCUCCGCCCUCAGGUAUCGCCUCACCACCGAGUUCUCCUCCAAGUUCAUGCGUAUCAUCAACAAGGUCCUCCGCAAGAAAUAAGACCGAUCUCCUCCACACCAUGUAGGAUAGCUUCCAAUACCUUAGUAAAAGUGAAUCAGCCUGACAUCAGGCUAUGUUUCAUAAACUACCCUGAGU